AUGAAUAUGAGACAUAAGUACGUAAUAAAUGUUAUAGCUUUCAUAUGGACUUUCUUUUUUAAGAAAAUUAUUACUGAUGAUUUGCUAUCUUCUCAUACCAUAAGAAAUAUGAUAAAAAAUACCCAUCUGAUGAAUGAUUCAAAAAAUUUCAAUAAUUUUUCUUUUUUUUAUUUAUAUAAUGCUUUAAGAUGUACUUUAACAGAAAACGUUUUUGAAUCUUACGAAGAUGAAAAAUAUCAAAAAGAAAUACAUGUUAUAAAAAAAAAUUUAUUAGAGUUAAAAAAACAAACAGAAAAUAAAAAUUUAUGGCUUUUCUUUGAAUUUAACCUAUUUGAUUCUUUAAUAUUAUCUGACAUAGAAAAUAAUAUGAGAAAUUAUGGAAUAGGGUUAUCAGAAAUUUUUAAUGAAUUAAAAUUGUUGAAUUCAAGAUUUAGUCAUGUUGUAGACUAUAAAUUAAAUAUAUGUACAGGAAAAAUUUUUGAUGUCGAAGUAGUUAGUUUAUUUUUAGCUAUAGUUCCUUUUUUAUUAGAUAAAUUAGACAUAACCUAUAAAGACUAUAUAGGAGAAUUUUCUUAUGAACUACAAAAAACGUUAAAUUUUUUCAAUUUUUUUGUGUCAUUAGUUAAUAAACACAAUACAAAUAUAGUUGAUAUAGAUAAAAAAGAGAUAAACGUAUUUUUAAAAGUUAAAGAUAAUUUUCACUUAAGUGCUUCAAGAGAAGAAAAAAGAUUAUCCCUGUAUGAUGAAAUAUCUCUAAAAAAUAAGUAUGGUAAGUUAUUAAUAAGUGAUUUAUUUAAAUUAUUUGAUAAAAUUUAUUUCUUUGAAGUUGAAGAAGAGUUAAAUUAUUUUGAUUAUAUUGAAAUCUUUCCCAUAUAUGUAAAAAUAGAAAAUGAACUCUUUAAAUCAAGAAAUUAUAAUAUGGAAAAUAUGUUUUAUUCAUUAAUAGAAACAUUUAAAAAAGAUUUAGAAGUUAAUGAAGGAAUAAUAAUGAUAAAAAUAUUUAAACAAUAUAAAAUUCAUGUUGAUACAAAAAGAACAUACUAUUUUGAUUCAGAUAUUAUAUAUAAAACAAUUAUGCAUAAAAUCCAUAAAUCAACAUCAAUUUUGUCUGAUACAAAAUUUAAUUUUUUAUAUUCUCAAAACAUAGAUAACACAAAAAGAAAAAUAAGCAAUGAAGAUAUAACAUUGAGUCUUAUUAUAUUAAUUGAUUCUAAUAUAAAAGAUGAUGAUUUAUUAGAAACAUUCUACCAAAUUGUUUUUUCAAAAGAUAUUUUUUUAUCUAACAAAGAAAUAAAUAAACACCGAAUAAAAGUUGUCGGAUCAUGUAUUUACACGAAAGAAAAACAACCUCCAAUUUUUCAUGGUUUUUUUUCUCAUGGUCUUAGUACAUAUAUUCUUUUUAAAAUUCUAGAUCUUUUAAAGCCAAAUAAAAAAUUAUUAUAUUUAUCAAUAGAAAAAGCAGAGGAUAAUAAUCAAAUUAAAGCAGAAGGAAUUGCUGAAAGAAUCUUAAAUAAUUCAGGAGAAAGUUUUGAAAUUGUUUUACUAUUUGAAAGAGACGAGAUAAUAAAUUAUGAUAAAUUUGAGUAUAAUGAGAAAUGUGAUAUGUGCUUAAUGGGAUAUGGGGACCUUUAUGCUUUAUAUUUAUGUAUAUUCAUACCAAUUAUAUUAAGUUUACUUACUUGUUAUUUUAUAUACAAAAAAAAAAAAAACGCAAAAAGAAAUUCUGUAAAUAAUAAAAUACAUAGUUUACGUAGUGAAAUAAAAUCAAUUGAACCAAAUAUUAUUUCACUGAAGUAA